AAAAAAUACGGAGUCCGAACCCUAUUUGGGUUGCCUGUGUAAAUUAUUUUCGCUGUCCAAGAUGGCGGAUAGGAUCACCCAGUUGCAAGACGCGUUGAAUCAGCUAGCAGAUCAGUUCUGUAAUAGCGUUGGUAUUCUGCAACAAACGGCAGAACCUGGACAGUUUCCAGGUUUUGACAAAGCUCCCAACACAGAUGACAAAACUGUUACACAGGAAGGUCAUGGGGCAUUAUUUGCAACACUUAUUGCAAGAACAGCCAAAGACAUUGACUAUCUAAUAGAUUCUUUACCUAGUGAAGAAUGCUCCCCAGAAUUACAGGCUGCAAGUCUGCAGAGAUUAGAGGCUGAAAACCAAGAAGCUGGUAGAAAACUUGAGGAAGUUGUCCGAAAAGGAGAGAAAUUGUUAGCUCUUAUACAACAAGCCCUAAAUGAGAUAGCAGAGUCAACACUGACAUCAUCCAGCAAAUCCAGUUGACCAAUCAAAUGAGUGAAUUGCUGGUGAAGAAUGUCAAGUGUCAUGUUGCCUUGGCUACCAUGUCAUGCUGACCAAUCACAUGAGGAUGACUGGCAGAAGGAUGUGUCAUGUUCCCAUAGCUACCAUGUCAUUGUCACUCUAAAUAUAAGGGUAUGUCUAGGUAUUGUCAGGAAAGAAAGAAUGCCAAUUGUCACAUUACUAUAGCAACUAUAUCACAUGAACUAAUCAUGAAUGUAAUGUCUUGUAAGUGUCAUGUUACCAUGUCAGGUGCCAUCAAAAAACCUAUAGUCCUUAGAAAUAUGCAGGGGUCUUUUUCAAAGGAUGUCAGUAAGCUACUCUGUUUUGUUUUGUUUACAUUGGAAGAUACAAUGGCAUCUGCAAUAAUUUAUCAUUCAAAAUGACUAUCCACAAUUGAAGUCUGGUUAUUUAUGAUAUUUGAUUUAAAA